UCAGCUGCAGCUCUGUCUCCUGACACAUGGAAGGCAGGAAUUCUGUCUGAUUUAUAAACCUGCAUGUGUGUGUAUGCCCUGUUGCUUAAUCUGUAGCUGACUUUUUAUUAUAAUUCCUUAAUAGAGUAUGUGCCAGAUCUCCAAAGCCCUCUUAUACUUAUUGAUUUGUUCUAGACACUAACAUCUGCAGUGCAUGCAGCUUUGAGAAUUUGCUUUGUCAUUUGGCUGCGUAUAAAGAUGUGGAGGGGCACGUUUGUGUUGGUGGUAGUGCUUUACUCAACCGUUUUAAUCCACGUGAAUGCAGAGAAUAACCACAUUCGACAUAGACGGAGCUGGAUUAUGCCAGGAACACUGUGGUGUGGAGUCGGGAGCAUUGCCGAGAACUUCACCAACCUAGGAGUGUUCCGUGAAGUGGAUCUUUGCUGCAGAGAACAUGACCAUUGCGGUCCAACAAUCCAAUCAUUUGGAUUUCAGUAUGGCAUUCGAAAUUACAAACUGCACACGGUGUCACACUGUGACUGUAAUCAGAGGUUCAGACAGUGCCUACAUACGGUCAAUGACUCAAUGUCCACCCUGGUAGGCAUCAUGUUUUUCAACGUCUUAGAAAUGCCCUGCUUCACCCUGAGAGAGACGGAGCAGUGUGUGGAAUGGCACUGGUGGGGAGGCUGUAAAAGAAAUGGCUCAUCCCCAAAAGCUGAACUUCACAAACCCACAGUGUUCAACUACAGUAAUGCUGAAGACAAACAAACUCCUACUCCAUUCCCUCACAGAGUUAGACAGCCACAUGGUUCUCCUUCACAGAAAGGCAAAUUUAAAGCUUCCUCACUCUCCUUGUCAUCUAUGAACACUGUGAAAAGUAAGAGAAGACCGCUGAAAAAACUGGAGGAGGCACAGACAAAGAAAUCUGUAAUAGGCCAUGGAGGAACCACAAUGGAAGUUAGAAGAAAGUCUGAGGAAGCUGAAGUAAAAAGGUCACUCGUUUCUGGUCAAUCUGACAAACAUAGUUUCCGAAAGAGAAGACAAUGGACUCAAAAGAGGAACAAAAGGACAACGAUGGCACAAAAUAGCACCAUCUCAGGUUCAAAGAUUCCAUUUAUUGAGAGAAAGGUGAACCCGCUGACAGAAAAAACAACUACAAGCCAGGAAAGAUGAACGUAUUAAUGACUAUGGAGCUCUAUCUAAACACUGGGCUAGAUUCAGGUAGGGGCGCGCAUAGUUACGGCGGC